AUGAAGCAUGUCUCGGCAUCUUUCAAGAGCUACCCUGCAUUCAAUCAAGUGUAUGGGAUUGUUAAUAGAAAUCUGGACCUUUUUCUUCUCAUAAUGGAACCAAGCCCUAGAUUCCAAAAUCCGGAGCAAUUCCACCACCUCAAAUCUGAUAUUCGGGCCAGGAAUUUAAAGUUUUCAUUCGGGAAUCCGAACCCGUCAUUCAGAUUAGCCACGGCAAUGGGAAAGAAGAAAACAGAGGAGGCUGGAAAUAAUACAAAAGCAAAGUCGAGCAGUAAAGAGAAGCUCUCAGUCUCUGCAAUGCUUGCCAGCAUGGACCAAAAGCCUGAUAAAUCAAAGAAAGGGGCUUCUAUGUCAAGCUCUACUUCUAACAAGUCCAAAUUGAAAGCACCUCCAAAACCAUCAUCGUAUACUGACGAUAUUGAUCUUCCUCCUUCGGAUGAUGAAGAUGAUGCUGAGGAUGAGCAACAACAGAAUGAGGUUCACAAACAGCCAACCAGGCAUAAUAGAAGUGAUGGAAAGCCUCUUGAAAUUGCCGUAAGUGACAAAGAGUUGAAGAAACGAGAAAAGAAGGAUAUGUUUGCUGCACAUGCUGCUGAACUAGCAAAACAGGAGGCCCUUAAGGAUGAUCGCGAUGCUUUUACUGUUGUAAUUGGUAGCCGUGCUUCUACUCUUGAUGGCCAGGACGAUGCUGAUGCUAAUGUGAAAGAUAUAACAAUUGAUAACUUCUCUGUGUCUGCUCGUGGCAAAGAACUCUUGAAGAAUACAUCAGUGAAGAUAUCUCAUGGAAAGAGGUAUGGAUUGGUUGGACCAAAUGGAAUGGGUAAGUCUACCCUAUUGAAGCUCCUUGCUUGGAGAAAGAUACCCGUACCUAAAAACAUAGAUGUACUUUUGGUUGAACAAGAGGUCGUCGGUGAUGAUAGAACAGCACUUCAAGCAGUAGUUUCAGCCAAUGAAGAACUUGUCAGGCUUCGACAAGAGGUUGCGUUGUUGCAAAAUUUAUCUGCUGACACCAGCGAAGAUAAUGAAGAUGAUGAUGCCAUUGGUGAUGACGUGGGUGAGAAGCUUGCUGAAUUGUAUGAAAACUUGCAGCUGAUGGGGUCAGAUUCUGCUGAGGCUCAGGCUUCGAAAAUUCUUGCUGGAUUGGGUUUCACAAAGGAUAUGCAGGACCGUGCUACCCAGUCUUUUAGUGGUGGUUGGAGGAUGAGAAUUUCGUUGGCCAGGGCACUUUUUGUUCAGCCAACUCUGUUGUUGCUGGAUGAACCUACCAAUCAUCUUGAUCUCAGAGCUGUUCUCUGGUUAGAGGAGUACUUGUGCCGGUGGAAGAAAACUCUUGUUGUUGUUUCGCAUGAUCGGGAUUUUCUCAAUACAGUUUGCAAUGAAAUUAUUCAUCUCCAUGACUUGAAACUCCACUUCUAUCGUGGAAAUUUCGAUGAUUUUGAAAGUGGAUAUGAGCAGCGUCGUAAAGAGAUGAACAAGAAGUUUGAGAUAUAUGACAAGCAAGUGAAAGCUGCUAGGCGGUCUGGGAGUCGUGCUCAGCAGGAGAAGGUCAAGGAUCGGGCAAAAUUUGCUGCUUCCAAGGAAGCAUCUAAGAACAAGUCUAAAGGAAAGGUUGAUGAAGAUGAGCCUGUGCAUGAGGCACCUAAGAAAUGGAGAGAUUACUCUGUGGAGUUUCAUUUUCCCGAACCAACUGAGCUAACUCCGCCACUUCUGCAACUAAUUGAAGUUAAUUUCAGUUAUCCAAACAGAGAGGAUUUUAAACUCUCCAAUGUUGAUGUUGGUAUUGAUAUGGGGACUCGUGUUGCUAUUGUUGGGCCUAAUGGAGCUGGGAAGUCUACCUUGCUCAACCUUCUUGCUGGCGACUUGGUUCCAACUGAGGGUGAAGUGCGCAGGAGUCAGAAAUUGAGAAUUGGUAGAUACUCCCAGCACUUUGUGGAUCUACUGAUAAUGGACGAAACACCAGUUCAGUAUCUUCUCCGUCUUCAUCCAGAGCAAGAGGGACUCAGUAAGCAGGAGGCAGUUCGUGCAAAGCUUGGAAAGUUUGGACUCCCCAGCCAUAACCACCUCACACCAAUUGCUAAAUUGUCCGGAGGGCAGAAAGCCCGGGUGGUUUUCACUUCCAUUUCCAUGUCUAAGCCCCACAUUCUGCUCUUAGACGAGCCAACAAAUCAUUUAGAUAUGCAGAGCAUUGAUGCACUGGCAGAUGCGCUUGAUGAGUUUACUGGCGGUGUCGUCCUAGUCAGUCAUGAUUCUAGGCUUAUAUCACGUGUUUGUGAUGAUGAAGAAAGAAGUGAAAUAUGGCUGGUGGAGAAUGGCACAGUUGAGACUUUCCCAGGCUCAUUUGAGGAGUACAAGGAGGAGCUUAUCAAGGAGAUCAGAAAGGAGGUUGAUGAUUGA